UCCCUCCCGCCCUCCCUGGGUCCUGCACCAGCCCUGGUUAACUACCGCAGCAGACAGCUUCCCCCACGGCGUCCUGCUGCCCACCCUGAGCCCAGCCCUCACUCUGUGGUGACCCUAGGCCAACGGCACCAUGAGGCUGGGCCUCACGCUGCUGUCCCUGCUGCUGCAAGCCUGCUGGGGAGCUGCCCAGGACGAUCCAGGGGCCCCGAAGGCCAUUGCCUUCCAGGACUGCCCUGUGGACCUGUUCUUUGUGCUGGACACUUCUGAGAGCGUGGCCCUGAGGCUCAAGCCCUACGGUGCCCUGGUGGACAAGGUCAAGGCCUUCAAGCGCUUCAUCGACAACCUGAGAGACAGGUACUACCGGUGUGACCGCAGCCUGGUGUGGAAUGCAGGGGCGCUGCACUACAGCGACGAGGUGGAGGUCAUCCGCGGGCUCAUGCGCAUGCCCAGCGGCCGGGACGAGCUCAAGGCCAGCGUAGAUGUCAAGUACUUUGGCAAGGGCACCUACACCGACUGCGCCAUCAAGAAGGGGCUGGAGGAGCUGCUCAUUGGGGGCUCCCACCUGAAGGAGAACAAGUACCUGAUUGUGGUGACGGACGGGCACCCGCUGGAGGGCUACAAGGAGCCCUGCGGGGGCCUGGAGGACGCAGUGAAUGAAGCCAAGCACCUGGGUGUCAAAGUCUUCUCCGUGGGCCAUCACCCCUGACACCUGGAGCCACGCCUAAGCAUCAUUGCCACGGACCACACUUACCGGCGCAACUUCACCGCGGCAGACUGGGGGCAGAGCCGCGGGGCAGAGGAGACCAUCACUCAGACCAUCGACACCAUCGUGGAAAUGAUCAAAAACAACGUGGAGCAAGUGUGCUGCUCCUUCGAGUGCCAGCCUGCCAGAGGACCUCCAGGGGCCCCGGGGGGACCCCGGGUAUGAGGUGAGCGAGGAAAGCCAGGUCUCCCCGGAGAGAAAGGAGAAGCUGGAGACCCUGUGAGGCCCGGGGACCUGGGACCCGUGGGGUACCAGGGGAUGAAGGGAGAAAAGGGAAGCCGAGGGGAGAAGGGCUCCAGGGGACCCAAAGGCUACAAGGGCGAGAAGGGCAAGCGUGGCAUCGAUGGGGUGGACGGCAUGAAGGGGGAGACGGGGUACCCAGGCCUGCCUGGCUGCAAGGGCUCACCGGGGUUUGACGGCGUUCAAGGACCUCCUGGCCCAAAGGGAGAUGCUGGUUCCUUCGGACUGAAGGGGAGAAAAGGUGAAGCUGGAGCAGACGGGGAGGCCGGGAGACCGGGGAACUCAGGACCACCCGGAGACGAGGGUGAGCCGGGAGAGCCUGGGCCCCCCGGAGAGAAAGGAGAGGCCGGUGACGAGGGGAGCGCAGGCCCUGACGGUGCCCCGGGAGAGAGGGGUGGCCCUGGAGAAAGAGGACCUCGGGGGACCCCGGGCGUGCGGGGGCCGAGAGGAGACCCAGGCGAAUCUGGACCCCAAGGUGACCAGGGAAGAGAAGGGCCUGUUGGCAUCCCAGGAGACCAGGGCGAGGCUGGCCCCAUUGGACCUAAAGGAUACCGCGGUGACGAGGGUCCCCCGGGGCCUGAGGGUCUCAGAGGCGCUCCAGGACCUGUCGGGCCCCCAGGAGACCCGGGGCUGAUGGGUGAACGGGUAAGUAUGGCCCCCCCUGGAAAUGGCACCGAGGGCUUCCCUGGCUUUCCGGGAUAUCCAGGCAGCAGGGGCCCCCCUGGGCUGAACGGAACAAAAGGCUACCCUGGCCUCAAGGGGGAUGAAGGAGAAGCUGGAGAGCCCGGAGAGGAUAACAACGACAUUUCCCCUCGUGGGGUCAAAGGAGCAAAAGGGUACCGAGGCCCAGAAGGCCCACAGGGACCCCCAGGACACGUGGGACCACCUGGACCAGACGAAUGUGAGAUUUUGGACAUCAUCAUGAAAAUGUGCUCCUGUUGUGAGUGCAAGUGUGGCCCCAUCGACAUCCUCUUCGUGCUGGACAGCUCUGAGAGCAUUGGCCUGCAGAAUUUCGAGAUUGCCAAGGACUUCAUCAUUAAGGUCAUUGACCGUCUGAGCAGAGUGGAGCUGGUCAAGUUUGAGCCGGGCCAGUCCCACGCCGGUGUGGUUCAGUACAGCCACAACCAGAUGCAGGAGCACGUGGACAUGAGGAGCCCGCACGUCCGCAAUGCCCAGGAGUUCAAGGAAGCCGUGAAGAAGCUACAGUGGAUGGCGGGCGGCACGUACACGGGGGAGGCACUGCAGUACACCCGGGACCGGCUGCUGCCACCCACCCAGAACAACCGCAUCGCUCUGGUCAUCACGGACGGGCGCUCGGACACCCAGAGAGACACCACGCCCCUCAACGUGCUGUGCGGCCCCGACAUCCAGGUGGUCUCCGUGGGCAUCAAAGACGUGUUUGGCUUUGUGGCCAGCUCUGACCAGCUCAACGUCAUCUCCUGCCAAGGCGUCUUGUCCCAAGGCCGGCCCGGCCUCUCUCUGGUGAAGGAGAACUAUGCAGAGCUGCUGGACGACGCUUUCCUGAAGAACGUCACCGCCCAGAUCUGCAUAGACAAAAAGUGUCCGGAUUACACCUGCCCAAUCACCUUCUCCUCCCCGGCCGACAUCACCAUCCUGCUGGACGGCUCGGCCAGCGUGGGCAGCCACAACUUCGAGACCACCAAGCACUUCGCCAAGCGUGUGGCCGAGCGCUUCCUGUCGGCCGGCCGGGAGAGCCCCGGCCACCAAGCGCGCGUGGCCGUGGUGCAGUACAGCGGCCGGGGCCAGCAGCAGCCGGGGCGCGCGGCCCUGCAGUUCCUGCAGAACUACACCGUGCUGGCCGGCACCGUGGACGGCAUGGACUACUUCAACGACGCCACGGACGUCACCGACGCCCUGGGCUACGUCACUCGCUUCUACCGCGAGGCGUCCGCGGGGGCCGCCAAGAAGAGGCUGCUGCUGUUCUCCGACGGCAACUCGCAGGGGGCCACGGCGGCGGACAUCGAGAAGGCCGUGCAGGAGGCUCAGCGCGCGGGCGUCGAGAUCUUCGUGGUGGUGGUGGGCCCCCACGUGAACGAGCCCCACGUCCGCGUGCUGGUCACCGGCAAGACGGCCGAGUACGACGUGUCCUUCGGCGAGCGCCACCUGUUCCGGGUGCCCAGCUACGGGGCCCUGCUCCGUGGAGUCUACUACCAGACAGUCUCCAGGAAGGUGGCGCAGGGCUAGCGGGCCGCCCCCGCCGCCGUGGGCCUUCCCACCCCGCCCCUCCCGCCUGCGACCCCACAGAGAGAGGAAGGGGGCCCGCGUCUUCCCAGCAACCGCUGCAGCCGACGGGAGACACGAGAGGCUGAGGCCGUGCCGCUAGCUGUGUGGUGUCUCGGCCUCUUGCUAGAGCUGCUGCCCGUCCCCUCUCCCCGGCUUCAUCCGGCCUGACAGCACCUGGCCCUCCUCCCUCCCUGCUCCCCUCCCUCCGAGCACGGCCCGCCUCCAGCCCAGCUGGCCUCCCUUCCCUUCCCACUGACCUUUCACUCCCGGAGUCCCGUUGCCAGCUCCACGGGCUCAUCCCGUGCCCCCUGCUCCAAGGAGAGGCUGGGCUGUAUUUCAUUUUCAGGAAACUGAGGCAGAAGAUUUUCCCACACCUACCCUGAAAGGCUGCUUCCUCCUCUGGUGCUGUCGGUGACUAACUCAGACCCCACCCUCGGGGCCUCUGGCUCCCAGUGGGCAGCAGGUGCGGGCCCUGGCGUCCUCGUGCUCCCGGAGCAAGGUGCUACCCACGAGGGCCCUACACUCACUAGGCCCGGCUGGGGCGGAUGCACAGAGUCCCGCCAAGAUCCAGAAUCAACCCGGAGACCCCCUGGCAGGGGUCUCUAGUCCCACAUCAUCUCGAAGGCCCCUCACGCAGUGCUGUUCUCAGCCCCCACUCCCUCAGCUCCUUGCAAGUGGGCCACCUCUGCCAAUAAAAGUGUUCCCUCCUCCCG